AUGUCGACAAACAACACCACGACCGACACCAGCACCUUUGUGUGCACCCUCCAGACAUGCAGUCUCGACUAUGCCAUGAUCCACUACAUCCCCUCGCUGGCCGGGAACGCGCUCUUCCUGGGGCUCUUCUGCGUGGCAGCAGUGAUUCAUCUGUUCUUGGGGGUGUGGCACCGCACCACCAGCUACCUGGUGGCGGUGAUGGGGGGGCUGCUGCUGGAGAUCAUUGGCUAUGCGGGGCGCAUCAGCCUGCACGACGACCCCUUUUCCUUCAACGCCUUCCUGCAGUACCUGAUCUGCCUCACCCUAGCGCCCGCCUUCAUCUGCGCCGCAAUCUACCUGUGCUUCGGCCGCGUGGUGAUCGAGUACGACGCCCGGUGCUCGCGCCUCGCGCCCGCCACGUACUCGAAGGUCUUCAUCGCCUGCGAUCUCGUGUGUCUGAUCCUGCAGUCUGCCGGGGGCGCCAUCACCUCCACCGCCGGCACAAACAACACCAGCCUCAGAGACCUCGGCAUCGACAUCAUGAUCGCCGGGUUGGCGUGCCAGGUCGUCUCGUUGGUAGCCUUCAUGGCGUUGGCAGGCGACUUCGCUCUCCGACUGCGCCGGCACCAGGGCCAGGGGUCCGCCUCGCUGCUGCCCGUGGACUGGCACGCUGGCUGGAAAUGGAGGGGGUUUCUGAUCGGUCUGGUCGUCGCAACCACAACUAUCUUCAUUCGCUCGUGUUUCCGCGUUGCCGAACUGAAGGGGGGAUUCGGGAGCGCCCUCGCAAACGACCAGGUAGCGUUCAUGAUCCUCGAAGGUGUGAUGAUGAUCCUGGCCUGCGGCGCCAUGACGGCGUUUCAUCCCGGACUGGUCUUUUCGCGUGAGCGCUGGAAUGCCUCCGCGCAGCAGCAGCUGAAGUUGCAUCAGGUCGAGAGUCGCUCCAGUCAGAUAGAGAUGAUACAGCGCUCGGGUGUAUAG